AUGAAUGAUUUAAUAGUUCCAAUAGUGACAAUAGUGUUAAGUUUAAUAUCAAUUUUAAGUUGUGGAUUUGUAAUAUAUAUUUAUGGAAGAUUUAGAGAGUUAAGAAAUGAUUAAUUUACAAUAGUACUGUAGAUAAUUUUAUUCGAUCUGAUAUAUGAUAUCAUACUAUUUAGUGAUUCAAUAGGAUAUUUAUUUUUAAGGAAUAGUAAUUUUUAGUUGAGUGAAAAGCCUAUUUUAUGUUAAGCAUAAUCAUUUUUUUCAGUUUAUAGUAUUCUUUCAAGCACAUUUUGGACAUCAAUUAUAAUGCAUAGUUUAUUUUAUUGUUUAAGAGAAAAUGAAUAAAAUGAAUAUAUGCAAUCAUAUUAUCCAGGAUUAGGGUAUGGAAUUCCCUUAAUAAUAUCUUUAAUGUAUUUAUUGUUUGUGAAAAAGACCAAUAAUAAUUGAUGCAUAUGGUUAAUACUAUCCAAUGCCUCAAACAAAUUGUUUUUUCGAUAUGUAUAAUGAGAAUAUGGAACUGUAUUUAUUAAUAUUCUUUUAUAUUCCAAUUUGGAUGAUGUUUAUCUACAAUAUGAUAGUGAUAAUUUUAGUGAUUCGAAUUAUGAAAAUUAAUGAAAUAAAAAGUAAAUCAUUAUAUUCAUUAUUUAUGUAUCCAAGUAUUUUGGCAAUUUGUUGGAUAAUUGUAUAAAUUAUAAUAUAAUUAGCCAUCUUUGGUGAACAUAUUUAAUGUAUAAUCAAUAAUAUGGAAAAGUAUAAAUUUUGGUUUGGGUAGUUUAAUUGGUUUUUUUGAUGCUUAUUGGUAUUGUUAUUCAGCGUUGACAGAUAAAUUGCGUUUUGUAAAUGGAAAAUUGAAAGUAUAAAUUAAAGAUAGUACUGAAGAAUAAGAAUUACCUAAAGUUUGA